UCUGCGGAACCAUCGAGUAACAGCUCCUCAGAACGGGGAGAGGAAAGAGUGUGACACACUUACCAUACGAAGCCAAGGUUUGAUGACUGUUGUGUGAGGGGUAAACCAAGAUGGCCACCCGCCGUAUUCCACUGGUCCUGCUAGCCUGCGGCUCCUUUAAUCCCAUCACCAACCAGCACAUGAGGCUCUUUGAGCUGGCCAGAGACCACAUGCACAGCACAGGCCAGUACCAGGUGGUGGGUGGCAUCGUGUCUCCAGUCAGUGAUGGCUACGCAAAGCAAGGCCUGGUUCUGGCUCAGCACCGUAUCGCCAUGGCAAAGCUGGCGCUGCAGAGCUCCGACUGGGUCACGGUUGAUGAAUGGGAGAGCCAGCAGGCAGACUGGACAGAGACCGUGGUCACCAUGAGGUAUCAUUAUGGCCGUAUCUUGAAGGAGUAUGAGCGGAGCACAGGAGAGCACAAAGACUCCAGUGGAAACCCCUCUCCCCUCUCAAGCCCCUGUUCCCAGUUGAAGCUCCUGUGUGGAGCUGAUUUCCUCGACACUUUCCAGGUCCCUGACCUGUGGCUGGACGACCACGUUGAGGAGGUGGCGGGACAUUUCGGACUCAUCUGCGUCAGUCGGGGGGGGCUUCAUCCCGAGCGAGCCGUGGCCGCGUCAGACACUCUCUCGCGCCACAGUCAUAACAUUUUCCUGGUGAGGGAAUGGGUGAGGAACGAGACGAGCGCCACCGAGGUCCGCCGGGCUCUGAGAGGGGGCCUGAGCGUGAAAUACUUGAUCCCAGACUCUGUGAUAGAAUAUAUUCACCAGCACAACCUCUACACGGAGGACAGCGAGAGGAGAAAUAAGGGCACAGUGCUGAGGCCGCUCGCCAAACAGGCAACACAGCCAGGGAAGAGUCUGGAUGACUGGUUCUGCACUCUGGAGCAAGUAGCUGUCCACAGCAGACCUCUUCAUCAUUCACUGGGAGUAAAGAGAGCAGCAACCGCCAACAUGCCAGUCGAUUUGAACGGAUAUUGGAAAAUGAUUUCCAGCGAUAACUUCGAGGACUACCUGAAGGCUCUUGAUGUAAAUGUUGCCAUCAGGAAAAUUGCCACCUUGUUGAAGCCUGAUAAGGACAUUUCCCACGUUGGGGACCACAUAGUCAUCAAAACCCUCAGCACAUUCAAAAACUACAACAUGGACUUCCAUGUGGGCAAGGAGUUUGAGGAGGAUCUGUCUGGAGUGGAUGACAGGAAAUGCAUGACCACCAUCUCUUGGGAUGGAGACAAGCUGGUGUGUGUGCAGAAGGGGGAGAUAGAAGGGAGAGGCUGGACCCACUGGGUGGAUGGAGAUGAGCUUCAUCUGUUAUCUGCCCUCAUUGCCCCUGAUUCUAUAAAAGCAGGAGGACACCCUGCACCUUUCCCCUCUAUACACUGUCUAAAGUCUACACACACAUCAGCGUCACCAGCUGCCAUCAUGCCUGCAGACUUCAGUGGGAAAUGGAUACUGGAGAACAAUGACAUAUUUGAGGAGUAUUUGAAAGUGUUGGACAUUGACUUUGCUACAAGGAAAAUUGCCAUCUCCCUGUCUCAGACCAAAGUUAUAUCCCAAGAUGAAGACAAGUUUACCGUCAAAACGCUGAGCACCUUCAGGAAUUAUGAACUCUCCUUCACUGUAGGGGUAGAGUUUGACGAGCACACCAAGGGACUAGACAACCGAAACAUCAAGUGUCUUGUGACCUGGGAGGGGGACAAGCUGGUGUGCACGCAGAAAGGAGAGAAGGCUAACCGUGGCUGGAAACACUGGAUCGAAGGAGACAAACUCUUCCUGGAGCUGACGUGUGAAGAUGUAGUUUGUGUGCAGGUGUUCAAGAGAAAAGCAUAAACGGAAAUAUCUGGGUUUUUUGUAUUUGCACAUACUCCUCAAUAACAUGUUUUCCCAAACGUAUACAAACAAAAUGAAUAAAAGUGCUUUUCAGAA